AAGAAAGGGUUCCUGUUUCUAAGGAGAGGACUGGCUUUACACACACACACAAAUUGAUUUGCAUUUAGGAGGCGGAGCUGCCUUCCUCGGCUAAGAAUGGAGAGCAGAUGCCAAUCACACAACUCCAUUUACCUUAAGUACAGUUGCAGGGAGGCUGAGACGUUGAAGAUCAGAGAAGAGAGAAGAAAAUUCACAUGUAUAGCUCGCAGAGCCAAGUGAACGGGAUGGGAAGUCAUAUACAUUCUCCUCCUGGUGGAAACAGUUAUGUACGGGGACCCCAUUUUCCUGGCCCAAUUCGGAGCUUUGAGCAGAAAUGAUAAACUAUGUGGUGCGGGCAGAGGAAGAACACAUUGUCAUUGGACCGACUGCUGCAUUCCAGACGCUUCAGAUCGAGUAACAGCGCUGCUCUGCUAGUAGUUAGGAAUGUGCCACUGCGGUUACACGUAGUCGUGACGUCAGUCUCGCGUAAUGAUACUUGCAGUGUCGGGAUUUUCGGAAAGACUGGAAGCGAAAGCUCGCACUUAUCAGCAUUGCGGUAUUGCACUCUAUUUUGAAAAUCUGGCAAGGCAAAAGGCAACCAUGGAAAAGAAUAUUAACCAGCGAAAGCUACGUGUAUGUGUUGCCACGUGUAACCGAGCGGAUUACUCCAAACUGGCUCCGAUUAUGUUUGGCAUCAAAGCAGAACCAGACCACUUUGUACUGAGUGUAGUAGUUAUAGGCUCUCACCUUAUUGAUGACUAUGGGAAUACGUAUCGAAUGAUUGAGCAGGAUGAUUUCGACAUUCAGGCAAGAUUACAUACGAUUGUCAGGGGAGAGGAUGAAGCCUCAAUGGUUGAGUCAGUUGGCCUUGCUUUGGUGAAGCUUCCGGAUGUUCUAAACCGUUUGAAUCCAGACAUAAUUGUUGUCCAUGGAGACAGAUUUGAUGCACUGGCCUUAGCUACAUCUGCUGCAUUAAUGAACAUUAGAAUCCUUCACAUAGAAGGUGGUGAAGUCAGUGGAACCAUAGAUGAUUCUAUCAGACACUCUAUCACUAAAUUGGCUCAUUAUCAUGUCUGCUGCACCAGAAGUGCAGAACAACAUCUUAUUGCUAUGUGUGAGGACCACGCCAGAAUCCUUUUAGCGGGAUGUCCCUCCUAUGACAAACUUCUCAGUGUGAAAAAUAAGGACUAUAUGAGUGUACUAAAAAUGUGGCUUGGUGAUGAUGUCAAGAAUAGGGAAUAUAUUGUGGCCUUGCAGCACCCAGUGACCACUAAUAUUAAACAUUCCAUUAAGAUGUUUGAGUUCACUCUGGAUGCACUUCUCUCCUUCAACAAGAGAACGCUAAUACUUUUUCCAAACAUUGAUGCAGGAAGUAAAGAAAUGGUACGAGUAAUGAGGAAGAAGGGUGUGGAGCACCACCCAAAUUUUCGAGCUGUGAAACAUGUUCCAUUUGAACAGUUCAUCCAGUUAGUUGCUCAUGCCGGAUGCAUGAUCGGAAAUAGCAGUUGCGGGGUCCGUGAAGCGGGGGCUUUUGGCACUCCAGUCAUCAAUUUGGGAACCCGUCAGACAGGAAGAGAAACAGGUGAAAAUGUGCUUCAUGUUCGUGAUGCAGAUACCCAAAAUAAAAUAAUUCAUGCACUUCAGCUCCAGUUUGGAAAACGGUAUCCCUGUUCAAAGAUCUAUGGAGAUGGAAAUGCCGUCCCACGUAUUGUGAAGUUUCUGAAAUCAAUAAGUCUUGACGAGCCGCUUCAAAAGAAGUUCUGUUUCCCUCCAGUAAAAGAAAGCAUCUCUCAAGAUAUUGACCACAUCCUGGAAACCUUAAGUGCUUUGGCUGUAGAUCUUGGAGGGACAAAUCUAAGAAUAGGCAUUGUCAGUAUGAAGGGUGAAAUAAUAAAGAAGUAUGUGCAACCUAAUCCUAAAACAUAUGAGGAUAGAAUAGAACUAAUUUUAAAAAUGUGCAUUGAAGCUGCAGCCGAAGCUGUUAAUCUGAACUGCAGAAUACUCGGAGUGGGCAUUUCUACAGGAGGUCGUGUAAACCCUCAUGAAGGUAUCGUGCUUCAUUCCACAAAACUUAUACAAGAGUGGAGCUCUGUGGAUCUUAGAACUCCUCUCUCCGACACACUACAUCUACCAGUAUGGGUAGACAAUGAUGGUAAUUGUGCUGCACUUGCAGAGAGGAAAUUUGGCCAAGGCAAAGGAGUAGAGGACUUUGUGACUAUUAUUACUGGCACAGGGAUUGGAGGAGGAGUCGUUCAUAACCACGAGUUGGUUCAUGGCAGCUCUUUCUGUGCCGGCGAGCUGGGUCACAUCAUGGUGUCCUUUGAUGGACCAGAGUGUAUGUGUGGUAGCAGCGGAUGUGUAGAAGCAUAUGCCUCUGGAAUAGCCCUGCAAAGGGAAGCAAAAAAGCUUCACGAUGAGGACAUGCUGCUGGUUGAAGGCAUGACUGUGAAGAAUGAUGAAUCUGUAAGUGCAAUUCAUCUUAUUCAAGCUGCAAAAUUUGGCAAUACCAAAGCAGCCAACAUUCUCAAAACAGCUGGUACUGCUCUCGGCAUUGGCAUUAUAAAUAUCCUCCACACUAUAAACCCAUCGCUGGUGAUCUUAUCAGGAGUCCUUGCAAACCAGUACGUCAAUGUUGUGAAGGACAUGAUACGCCAGAGAGGCUUGGCCUCAAUCCAGGAUGUUGAUGUUGUCGUGUCCAAUUUAUCAGAUCCUGCUCUUCUAGGAGCGGCAAGCAUGGUGCUCGAUUACACGACACGCAGAACAUACUAAUCACCCUGGGGAUUGUCUUGCCAAGAGACUCUUGCCCUUUUAUUGUCUAGCCCCGGUCAAGACUAAAUUAUUUAAUAUUUAAUUCUAUUGUAUUUACUGUAUUGUAUUUUAUGGAAAAGACUUCAAAUCGGGACGUUCUGAAAUUGCUGCUGGUUUUAUUGUUUGCUUUUAUAGUAUUUGUACAUAAUGUUCGUAUGAACUCUCUGCGGAGGUUUUUAUUUUAAAACAUGAAAAACUUAUUCCAGGCUACGUUUGCUGAUGAAAGAUGAUCGUGGCGAUUGACAUAAAUCCAUAUAAUUUAUGUAGAGUAGGUAAAUAUUGCCGCAUUGACCACAAAUUAUUUCCUCAUAAAUCACAAGCCUCUAUUCCACGUUCAAGUCUGACACAAACACUGAAAUUGUUCUGUUUAUAUCUUUAUGUCUCUGCUUAUUUUUACUGUUUUAUCUGUA